CGAGUCCACCGCUCUUAACCACUACACCACACUGGCAUUGGUUUGCUUUUCGGUUAUUGGUUAUGAUUCCCUACAUGGUCAGUUUGGGAAAAAAAGGUAAAAAUAAAAUGUGGAGAGGGGCAGGGGAUCUGUGGCCUGGGCCUUAGGCUCCAUAGACUGUCUGCUAACACCACCGCCUCUGACUGCCUUGGCAUCCUUUGCCUUGCCUCACGAUGGCAUCACAAAGAGCUGCCAAGGCUCCCCAUUCGGAAGCCUGGGGCCUUCCGUGUUCCAGGUUCGCUACAGCCCAGACUGGAGAAGCCGACUGGGAGGACAUUUCUAGGCAGGCGCGUCUGAGCCACGAGGGCUCCUUCAAUUCGCCACCAUGAAUUACCUCACCGUGCCUGCCAUGUCCUCUGUGCCUCAGAUGGAGAAAAUGCUGCAGGUCCCGACCCAGGAGCAGGGGCAAGCCCAGGGUGCAGGCACAGGAAUGCCUGGGACUUCCAGCCUUGGGCCUGGGUAUUCACCCUCAGCCCACCCAGAGCCUUCCAUGGUCCUGGCCGUCACCUCCAUGUCGCCCUUCAUGAAAGGGUCCAGGAGAUUCAGCAGGGGCAGCAGGAGCAGCAGGAGGUCAAUGCAAAGAUCCAAAACCAUACACACAGGAUCGAGAGUCAAAAGUGAGGGGGCAAUUCCAGGGGUGCAUUUAGACUUAAUGUUAGUGUGGCGCGCCUCCCCACCUGACCCAUUUUUUGACAGCCAAGUGUAUUAUUACUUAACUUCCUUCAAAAUGGGGGGAGCCAGCAUUGCUGCUUUUUCUAGGAUCUGCUUUAUACUGAAUUGGACCACUGGACAGGGAGCCCAGGGCUGUCUGCAUCAGGAGUGGGGAGCCUUUUCUAGUCAGGGCCCCAAAUCCUUAGCUCCCCAAACCCUGGCAGGCCAGCUGGAGGAGCCACCUGUCAGUCACCUGGCAUCCCUAUGAUGUCAGGCAAUGCCACGCUUUGAAGCAGUGGUGCCAACUUGAAUAACAUAUUUGGGGGCAGAUAAAACCUGCGCCCAAUCUUAGCCAUAGAGGAAGGAUUAUUCCCCCACCCAUCACCCCACUUUUUAUCCCCAAAACAGCUCUGUGAGGUUGACUGGUCUCAGAAACUGCGACUGGUCCAGGGCUACUCUGAAUUCUUAAAGCUAAGAAGGGACUUGAACCCAACUCUCCCCAAGCCCAAGUUUGUAGGCAUCUGGGUGCCUUCCUGCUCACACCAAAGCAACAGCGGCUGGCUGCAAAAUUAUGCAUUUGCCUGCUUGAGCAUACUUUUAGGACCUGCCUUAUUUCUGUGACGUUGUUAUUAUUAUUAUUAUUAUUAUUAUUAUUAUUAUUAUUAUUAUUAUUAUACCGCCCUAUACCCAGAGGUCUCAGGGCAGUUCACAGAAGAGAUCAACCUAAGUUGCUUUAAAUUGCUUUUCAAUAUUGCGUUUUAAUUAUAACCUGCCCUGGUACCUUGGGGUAAAGGGUAGAUUAACAACCACCACCACCAUUUCUUUUUUUCUGAGGGUACUCAAGGGUAUGCAGUAUUGGCACCCCCCCCCCCAAAAAAAUGUUGAAAGUGUGGCACUUACUGUAACAACUUCAUUGUGUGUACCGACACCUUUCCUUCCCUAAAAAAAAAUCAAAAAACACUGACAACAACAAGAACAAUAAUCAUAGGUGGGGAGCUUUACCCUCCAAGUCAUCUGAAUUAAGCACUCCUGGUUUAAUUCUAAAAUAUGGUAAGUAGCCAGGAGCCGCUUCCUCUCUUGUCCUAGCAGAGCUUCAAGGGCUGUAAGAAACAAUGUUGAAGGUUUGUGCCCAAUCCCAGCUCUCUUGCCCUCCAGCAACCCUGUUACAAAUUCCUUGCAAAAUGAAGUCCAAACGUGGCUUUUAUUAGGUGGGUGGGGGGGACAAAGGGACCUGCGGCUCUAGGAGUUGCCGGCGCCUCUGCUUUGAAGUCCCCAUUUUCAGAAACAAAAAAAUGAGUGUCUUUUGGUCUUGUGUUCACACGCACGUGUGAGAAUUCGGGACCAAAAAAAAGGAGCGUCCUGAUUUGGCUCUCCAGCGUGUUGGAGGAUUAUGAGUACAGUACUGUGUUGCCAACCAGUUUCUAGAAGCAAAUCAAACACUAUUUGCAGAGGGAUUGGUUUGCUUUUCUGUUAUUGGUUCUGGUUUCUUACAUGGUAUCUGUCCGGACAUAGAAAAGGUCAGUUGGGAAAAAAUCCUAAAAAUAUAAAAUGUGGAGAGGGGCAGGAGAUCUGCGGCCUGGGCCUUAGGCUCCAUAGACUGUCUGCUAACACCACCGCCUCUGACUGCCUUGGCAUGCUUUGCCUUGCCUCACGAUGGCAUCACAAAGAGCUGCCAAGGCUCCCCAUUUGGAAGCCUGGGGCCUUCCGUGUUCCAGGUUCGCCACAGCCCAGACUGGAGAAGCCGACUGGGAGGACAUUUCUAGGCAGGCGCAUCUGAGCCACGAGGGCUCCUUCAGUUCGCCACCAUGGAUCACCGGUACCUCACCGUGCCUGCCAUGUCCUCUGUGCCUCAGAUGGAGAAAAUGCUGCAGGUCCCGACCCAGGAGCAGGGGCAAGCCCAGGGUGCAGGCACAGGAAUGCCUGGGACUUCCAGCCUUGGGCCUGGGUAUUCACCCUCCGCCCACCCAGAGCCUUCCAUGGUCCUGGCCGUCACCUCCAUGUCGCCCUCCUUGAGAGGGUCUAGAAAACACCCGAGAAGAUUCAGCAAUCAGAGCAGCAGGUCGAGGAGAAGUUCCAAGAAUGCACCUGGAGGGAUAAGAGUCAAAAGUGAGGGGGCGAUUCCAGGGGUGCAGUUUGACUUGACAUAGGUGCAGCAGACCUUCCCACCUCCCGGACCAUUUUUAGAUGGCCAUGUGCUUUAUACCGAACCGGACCCCUGGCCAUCGAGCUCAGGGCUGUCUCUGUCAGGAGCGGGGAGCCUUUUCUACUCAGAGCUCCAGAGCCUUAGCUCCCCAAAACCCUGGCAGGAUGGUUGGAAGGGAAGUUCAUAUGGAGAUUGGUCUGUUGGCAGAGUAGCUAAAUUGCCGCUAGGAAGCCAAAUCAUGUGCAAGACUGACUAUUUUAUUGAAAUUAAAACAAGGUUAAAAUAUUCAAAGCUUUCACUUGCAGAACACAUAGCUAAAGAAUAAUAUACAUUCACAUGCUUAUCCAAGCAUGGGACUUGUUUUGUUCUCUUACCGUAUUUAUUCAAGUCUAAUGCGCCAUCGAAUCUAAUGUGCACCUCAGUUUUCAGAACCUUGAAACCAAAUGUGGAUGGAUAGAUGGUUAUAUCUAUCUAUCUAUCUAUCUAUCUAUCUAUCUAUCGGUGAAUGUAAUUGUGCCAUUGAAUCUAACACGCACCUUAGUAUUCGCAACAUAAUUUGGCCAAAAAAGUGAACAUUAGAUUUGAGUAAAUACAGUAGUUGAAGAUUCUUCCAUAAACAUUCAAACUAACUCGGUCUUUCUGUCUUUCCAGUCCUUGCACUCAGCCUUCUGUACAUUGCCCAGCUAACCCAUGCAGCCCCUUCCAAGAGGUUUCCACUUUCUCUUUCCAGCAGACUUCUCCUUAUUGCUUCUUUGGGAGAACAUCAGAUUCUGUACUUCUUUUUGUCACAUACAUUCACAGAGAAACAUUGCAUAUCAGACCCUCAAAGCGUCCCUAUUUUCCAGGGACAGCCCUGGAUUUGCAGAAGCUGUCCCGGUUUCAAAUUUGAUCCUGGAAUGUCCUCUUUUCCUUGGGACGUCCCUAUUUUCACUGGAGAAAUGUUGGAGGGUAUGGAGUUAUGCAACCCCCAAGCCAAGGAGAUAGGUAACUACACAACCUUUAGAAGACAUCUGAAGGCAGCCCUGCAUAGGGAAGUUUUUAAAUGUUCAAUGUUUUAUUAUGUUUUUAUAUAUGUUGAAAGCUGCCUAGAAUGGUAGGGGCAACCUAGGCAGGCGGGUGGGGUAUAAUAAUAAUAGGAUGUCUCUAUUUUCAUCAGAGAAAUGUUGGAGGGUGUGUUGCAUUUAGAGAGUUCUCUCUUUUCUUCAGUGUUCAUGGAGAUGCAGCCAUUACAGUCAAGUCACACAAACACACAAAACAAAAUGGAGAAUGUAAUAAGAUGUCUCCCAUGUGAACAGAAUUAACCAAUCACAUGAGAGUUACUGGGAAACAUUUCAGAAUUAAACACACAUUCAUGCAUUUAAGCAUUCCCAAUUUCAGUAAAUUAAAUCACUGUGCUUAACAUGGUUUCCUCUGGAGGAGAAGGAGCUCAGCCUAAUUCCAGGAUUGAUUACUGUACUUGGAAGUGUGGGACUUAGUCCCCAACAUGGGUGCUGUAGGGAGGUACAGUAUGUAAGAAGGGAUUUAUUUCUUUCCCACCCACAAUUUGUUACAUUCAGCGGGAAAGCUCAGUUGGUAUAAUAAUAAUUUAUUAUUUAUACCCCGCCCACCUGACUGGGUUUCCCCAGCCACUCUGGGCGGCUUCCAACAAAAUAUUAAAAUACAAUAGUCCUUCAGAUAUCAAAAGCUUCCCUAAACAGGGCUGCCUUCAGAUGUCUUCUAAAAGUCUGGUAGUUGUUUUUCUCUUUGACAUCUGGUGGGAGGGUGUUCCACAGGGCAGGCGCCACUACCAAGAAGGCCCUCUGCCUGGUUCCCUGUAACUUGGCUUCUCGCAGGGAGGGAACCGCCAGAAGGCCCUCGGUGCUGGACCUCAGAACGAUGGGAGUGGAGACGCUCCUUGAGGUAUACUGGACCAAGGCCGUCGUGCUGGAACAGCAUGAAACUCUUGAUCAGGGGUUGGCAAGGUUUACCUCACCUGGGCCGGUUCACUCCAGUGGAGAUCCCUCCGUAGGCCAGAUUGUGUGUGCACGUGAUUUCUGGCGUCUGCACAGAUGUGAUUUCCGGCGCUGCAGAAGUGAGUUCCUGUGCUGCGCUGGUUUAGCAGGCGACUCGGUACAGGAGCAGCUCAUGGGCUGGUUAAACGACCCUCAUGGGCUGCUUGUGGCCCAUGGGCCUUAGGUUGCCUACCCCUGCUCUUGAUCUCAGGGUUGUGGGUUCAACCCCCAUGUUGGGCAGAGAGAUUCCUGCAUUGCAGGGGCGUUGGACUAGAUGACCCUUGUGGUCCCUUCCAACUACAAUUCUAUGAUUCUGUUACACUGCAGUUCGGCUCCUGACAAAAACUGAAUUAUCCGCAUUGCUGCUUGCUAUGGUGAACAUUUACAUCAUUUAAUUACAAAAUCACUCUCAUUAUCAUUACAUUAGUCCAUUACCAAUAAUACUGACUGGAUAAUUUCUGUUCUGGGCAAGGAAUGAAUAAGCAAACAUAGCAAAUCUCACCUUCAUUCCCUUUCUCUUCUGGAUUCUCCAACGUACCUUGGAAUCAUAGAAUCAUAGAAGUGUAGAGCUGGAAGGGACCCUGAGGAUCAUCUAGUCCAACCCUCUGCAAUGCAGGAAUGUGCCGCUGUUGCAUACAAGGAUUGAACCUGCAACCUUGGCAUUGUCAGCACCACACUCUAUCCAAAUGAGCUAUCCAGGCCCUUGUUGCAGGCGACAACCUCAUGUGGUCUGAGAAACUGGGUGAGGUGAAUUGCUGCCUCCUCUGCCCUCACCCUCAAAUGAUUCUUCCUCCCUCUCUAACUCUAGCAAAGCCGGCCCGCCAUCGUCGCAAGAGGAAGCACAGACGAAUGACGCUGACAGAGAUGGUGGUUCAUGCCUGGCAGAAGAUCCACCCGCACCUCGUCUUGCUGAGGGAGAUCAUCUACCACUUGACUCAGUCUUUCAUCUUUGACUUCAUAAUCUGCUCAGUGGUUGCCAUCAACACCUUAUUGCUGGUGGCUCAAACGUUUGCGGUGGUCGAAAUUCGGGGAGGUCAGCCCGCAGGAGAGGCGUUCCUUUCCUCAUAAAUAAUCCUGCUCCGUAGACUUCUUCUGAAUGCUGGGUAGUAACCAGAGCAUGCUCUGGUUUCAAUAAGGCCAGGGGCUUCAGUCCUGCCCCAAGGAGAACUUCUGCUCCCAGAUUGACGGCUGGCCCUCAGGAGAGAUCUCCACAGCUGGAAGCCAUAUUGACCCAAGGGCCUUAUAUCUGCAGAAUAAGGCACUGACCCUUUCAGGAAGCAACACUAGUCAGUGACUACCUAUCCCCAAUAGAAACCAGCCAGUUGCUUCAGAACCUUGCUGAGACCACUUCAGAGUUUGGCCUUGCCUUUAGGGCACCCUUUCUCAAUCCCAGAGCUCAGGGAUGAUGGGAGUUGUAGUCCAACAACAUCUGGGGACCUACAGGUUGAGAACCACUGCUUUAGUGGCAUUAUCUGUGGCCCUGUACCCACACCUUUAUCUCCUGUGUAGAUUCAACCAGGGACUACUGCCCACACUCCCCACUUAGGCAAUUCACCUUCUUCAGUGGUGGGCAUCUCCACAGAUCACAACAGCUUUCAUCAUGGAGGAGAGUGGCUUUCCCACAAUCAAUGGUUCUCUCUUUCUCUCCUCCCUUGCAACAGAAUGGUUCUUUUCUGCCAUGGAUCCUGCCUUCCUUUCUGUCUACGUGUUAGAGGCCGUCCUCAAGCUCAUUGCGUUGGGCUGCGACUAUUUCCGUGACCCAUGGAAUGACAUUGGUGGGUCUUUUUGCAGUGUGGUCGAGGGGGUAUGAAAGGGCUGACGCCAGUUCUAUGUUUCUAGAAAAAGAGGUGCCGGAACCCACCAUGGACGCCUCCCUUGUUCUCUUAUCAUGGCAAUGGCACUCACUGGAGAGGUUCCGGAACUGAGUUUCGGCAAGUUCAAGCUGAGAGAAAAAGCCCCGGCUGAUACCAAGGGAUUCCAGGGCAAACUAUUUAAUUAGCAGACUGCCUGAGAAUAGCAACAUGUGCAGAACUAACAGCAGACCCUUCUCAAAUGAUGAGAAGGUUGGUACAGUGGUACCUGAGGUUAAGUACUUAAUUCGUUCCGGAGGUCUGUUCUUAACCUGAAACUGUUCUUAGCCUGAAGCACCACUUUAGCUAAUGGGGCCUCCCACUGCCGCCGCGCCACCGGAGCACAAUUUCUGUUCUCAUCCUGAAGCAAAGUUUUUAACCCGAGGUACUAUUUCUGGGUUAGCAGAGUCUGUAACCUGAAGCGUCUGUAACCUGAGGUACCACUGUACUAAGAAAAGUACAGUACUAAACUAAGUGUUGUUGUUUUCUCUGGAAUGCCCAUAAUGUUACACUAGUUGUAUAAGCUUAAUGUUGCUCAGCUGACAGUCCGAAGCACCGUUUCAUGUGGGUCUGCCUUAAUUUCUAUGUUUCCUCUUCUUCCCUUUGCCAGAUUUCUUCAUUAUGUGCAUGACGGUGCUGGAUUUUCUGCUCCCCUUGCUUAUCUCCUCCAGACAAGGCAACCGCGGCAACAAACUCACGCUCUUCCGGGUCCUCAAAAUCUGCAAGGCCGUCCGUGCUAUCCGCGCCAUCCGCUUCCUGCUCACCCUCCGGUUAGCGCCAACAUUUCUAGCUGGGGGAGGGAAGGGGAAUGGAAGAGCUCCUUAGCGCCUCCAGAUAGUCAAUAUUUCGCAAGAGGGCUUCCAGUACAUACCAGGAUCCUCCCGUCCUGUACCCCGAAAGCAUUCUUCUCUCACUGUGCACAAAGAAUAUUUGGCACUGUAAUUUGCUCAAUAAAUGGGUCAUCUGGAGGAAUCCAUAGCAACUUCCCAGGUUUUAGGUGGGGUGCGGGACAGAAGAAUUGACAGCGACUGACCUUACAACCCUACCUAACUCUCUGUUUCUUUAUUUGCUUUUCCACGUAGAGUGAUGCAGAACCUCAAGGAAGUCACAAGCACUUUUUUGCUUUCCUGCGAGUCCAUCGGAGCCAUUAUUCUCCUCAUGUUCUGUUUCCUCUGUAUCCUCCCAGGAAAGAGCAGAAGGGAGAGGGAAGAUUUCAGGUGCACCUGGUGCCCAUUGGGACUGGUAGGGCAGAAGGCAGGGAGGCCAGCAGUAGGUGGCGCCAGAGCCAAUGAGAGACAGAGGCCAUUAAUUUUAGUUUUGUCCCCAUCCUCCUCCCUGCUGAGCUCUAACAAGGGCAACACUGAGACCUGCCUUCUUCCGCUCCCCAAAAUUUUACUGGCACUGAUUUCUGUUAUGUCAUCCUAUGACGAGUGAAUUUCACAGGUUAAUUACAAAUGCUUGGAAGAGGCAAAGGGAUGGCAUUCUCUCUCCCGCAAUCCUGCAUUUCCAAGGCUCCUUGUUUCGUUCCUUAGCCCUGCCUUCCACCUGUCAGUUAUGUCUUCCGUGGUGCUGCGUGACAUGUUCCAUGAAGCUGACGAAAAACACUUCGGAGACCUCUUCAACAGCAUCUUCACACUUUUCCAGCUCUUCACUUUGGAUGACUGGUCCCUCAUCUACCUUACCUGUCAAGAAGCAGGUGAGGGAAGAGGAUCCUUGUCAGGGGGGCGCAUAGAACUCAGCACAAUUUUUAGCACAAUCGGUUAAAAAACCCCCAACCCACCCAACCUCGUGUCAAGAUUGAAGAGCAAGACAAUAAUUGGGGGGGGGGGAAUCCAUGCUAAUAUGUUAAACGUGGAGAUUUUCUGAAAAGCCCACCCCUAGGCAGCAUUAUCACUCACAGGCCCCAUGUGUAUUUCUUUCCAGGUGCCUGGUACAUCAUCAUCUUCCUGAUCGUCUACAUCCUUCUGGAGUACUUCUUGCUUCUCAAGUAAGUAUAGGCUCCUCAGGCUUUUGACUUACUGGAGAGGACCUUGGAUGGGAGGUCAAGGGACUGUUUGUUGAUUUAUUACAUUUAUUAUAUCAUGCUUUUCCUCCAAGGUGCUCAAGGUAGCACACAUUGUUCACUGCCCGCCUACACCACCACCACCCUGGAAUUUUAUCCUCGCAAUAUCCCUGUUAGGUAUAUAAAAAGGUAAAGGUACCCCUGCCCGUACGGGCCAGUCUUGCCAGACUCUAGGGUUGUGCGCUCAUCUCACUCUAGAGGCCGGGAGCCAGCGCUGUCCGCAGACACUUCCGGGUCACGUGGCCAGCGUGACAAGCUGCAUCUGGUGAGCCAGCGCAGCACACGGAACGCCGUUUACCUUCCGGCUGGUAAGCGGUCCCUAUUUAUCUACUUGCACCCGGGGGUGCUUUCGAACUGCUAGGUUGGCAGGCGCUGGGACCGAACGACGGGAGCGCACCCCGCCGCGGGGAUUCGAACCGCCGACCAUGCGAUCGGCAAGUCCUAGGCGCUGAGGUUUUACCCACAGCGCCACCCGCGUCCCGCGUUAGGUGUGUGUAUAUAUAUAUAUAUAUAUAUAUAUAUAUAUAUAUGGAAGGACCGGCUUGAGGUUCUUUCUGGCACAGAGAUGUCAGCUUGUGAGGGGGCAAUUCUGUGUAUGUGAGCCACUGUAGCCUCACCACACUCUGCUCAGUGCUUCGCCUCUUCAAUUCUUGGACACUAGGGGAGGCCUGUCCCCCCAAAUAUUGGGGGGAGCCCCCAAAGGACACGCCCCCCCCAGGACCUAGUGCCCCUGCUGUGGUAUAUUUAGUCCUGCCUGAGACAGUGGAGGAAGAUGCUUGAAUACGACCUUGCGUCUGGUUUUGGGGGAUGGGAUUUGGGUGCCUGAGCUGUCCUCCUGACACCUGCUUUGAGACCAUUGGGUUGAUAAGUUUACCAAACUGGGCAGGGAAAUCUGCCAUACUCCUGGCGAGCUUCACAACUGAGCACAUUUGAACUUGGGAUUCUUUGGUCUUCGCCAGACACUCUUAACAUUAACUGUUUACUAAAUACAUUGAGCUCUGGCUGAUCACACCAGAACGGGUGUGGAGUGGAUUCCAAAAAGCACAGCAAGGUAAAAGCUUAAAGCGAAAGUAAAAAGUUUUAGUUAAACUAAACACAGCGAUAAGUGCUCUUAAAAUCCCGAGACACACAAGAAAAGACUAAAUAACAACAGGGCCAGCCCAGGACAUUUUUGCUGCUUGAGGCACAGCAGAAAAUGUUGCUCCCCUGCCACUGCCUCCUCUACCACCUGAGGCGACUGGAAGCAGCCCGCCCAGGGAAGUCCUGGUGCUCUGAAGGCAGUGGAGGAGUAAAAGGAGGCCAGAAAGGAGCAGGUGGCAGUAGAGGAAGAGUAAGAGGAGGCAGUGGCGGUGGCAGCACGAGGACUGCAGAAGAGGAGGAGGCAAGCGGUGCGCUGGAUCUGUUGCCUAUCCCAACUGCCGCCUGAGGCAACUGCCUCACCCUGUCUCAUGGGUGGGUUGGCUCUGAAUAGCAACGAUUGCUGUUAAAGCCUUGAGACGCAGUUGGGCUCUGUAUUGGAUUUGAAAUCGUUCCUAUAUAUGCAAUGUAUUUUUAAUUGAUUUUGUAUAUGGGAUUGUUUUAACUUUUAUGAAAGCGGUAGUUUUAUGUACAUUUCCAUUUCUCUUUGAGGAAGCAAUUGGUAAAUUGUGGAAUAUAGAACAGUCACAGCCCUGUUGCUGCCCUCCCUCCCUUUCUCUUGCAGCCUGGUGAUUGCGGUCCUGGUCGACAACUUCCAGAUGGCUUUGGUGAAGCGUCAAGAGCUCAAGAGGCAAAAGGUCAGCACAGCUCCCAUUGGUGUACCCAGGAUUUAUGAUGGUUGGGGCUGGACACCCACCUGUCAUCAUCCUCUGUCUGGUUCUGUCUAGUAGAUUCGGAAUGAAAUGUCUCAACAGUUUUAAACUUUCUUUUGGUCUCAAGUGCUCAGAAAAAAUUGUCAAAAUCUUUCUACAAUAUAUAAAAGGUAAAGGUAAAGGGAACCCUGACCAUUAGGUCCAGUCGUGACCGACUCUGGGGUUGCGUGCUCAUCUCGCUCUAUAGGCCGAGGGAGCCGGCAUUUGUCUGCAGACAGCUUCCGGAUCAUGUGGCCAGCAUGACUAAGCCGCUUCUGGCGAACCAGAGCAGCACAUGGAAACGCCGUUUACCUUCCUGCCGGAGCGGUACCUAUUUAUCUACUUGCACUUUGACGUGCUUUCGAACUGCUAGGUUGGCAGGAGCAGGGACCAAGCAAAGGGAGCUUACCCCGUUGCGGGGAUUUGAACCACCGGCCUUCUGAUCGUCAAGUCCUAGGCUCUGUGGUUUAACCCACAGCGCCACCCGCGUCCCUUCUACAAUAUAUACUUUUAGUAAAAUAUUUAUUUACUUGAUUUGGGAGGGGGCAGCUGCCGCCCCUCCCCCCUGGCUAUGCCCAUGCAGACUGGGGGUUGACAGGGAAUAGCUGGGGCUGGGGCUGCCAGGAUGAGCGUUCCAGUCACUGAGUUGUAUUUCUUUCUCCAAUUGACAGAAGUGGGUCGAACUGAAGGAGAGCAGUAUCGCAGAUGAUGUUUUUGGCAAAGCAGCAGGUGACAAGAGUGUUUGGGGAGAUGGGCAGCAGGCUUUGAGACUGGGCUCAAGCUUAGAACCUUUAAUGCGGGGUGACGAACCUUAGGCCUGAAUGUUGCCCUCCAAAUAUUUCUAUCAGCCCCUCGGACUUUCCCUGCAGGCCACACCUGCUCCUUGAGUGUGGUCCAGUUUGACCCACAAGGCCAUUCCCCACCCACAAAUCAUGCCUAUUUGCCAGUCAGCUGACAUCACAUUAGCUGCCCUUGCUGUGCUGGUGAACCGGGGUGGGGUUUGGCUCAGUUUGGCUGAGUGAGCAGGCAUGCAUAACCAAAGCAAGCAGCUGGUCUUUUUUUUUUUUUAAGGCAUCAUCUGCAAAAGGGACUUCUCCUUCAAGCAGCCAAUGCUUGCAAAAUGCAGGCUUCUUUGUGUGCCCCACUCAUCAACUGAACCUGAAAUGAAUGAGCCUAAGUUAGUUAUGUCCGUUCAAUUCAAUGGAUAUACUCUGAGUAGGACGAACACUGAUUACAACCUCAAGUUCAGAGGGAGGGAGAUGAUUCUUAACAUUGAAGCCAUGCUAUGCAUGCUGGCAAGUCUUCUUUUGCCCUACAGCAGAUAAGCCCCAAGCAAAAGAGGAAAAGGAGGAGGAAUUAUUCAGACGGACAGUCAUGGGAAAAUAUGGCAGCCUCGAGUUGAUGGACAGGUGAGGAGGCGCCGCAGCCAAUAGAUGAAAAUGUAUCUACUUGCAACAUUUUUUUAGCUUGCUCUUCAGCGGAAGAGAAGAAAAUGGAGUUCCACAGAGGCUUACAAAUAUCAGUACAGUGGUACCUUCAGUUACAAACCCCUCAGGUUGCAAACGCUUCAGGUUACAAACUCCGCUAACCUGGAAGAGUUACCUCGAGUUGAGAACUUUGCCCCAGGAUGAGAACGGAAAUUGUGUGACAGCGGCAGCGAGAGGCCCCAUUAGUGAAAGCACGCCUCUAGUUAAGAACAGUUUCAAGUUAAGAACGGGUCUCCGGAACAAAUUAAGUUUGUAACUAGAGGUACCAGUGUAGUAAUAAGGAAGACCUUCCCCUCAGACAACCAAAAGCAGCGGAACAAAAUAAUUUAGCAGUAGACUAAACAUUAGAAUAAAAAUGUUAAGAAUAUCUAAACAACAUUUAAAAACAGCUCCAGCUAAUAAUUACAAUGUUGCCAGGAACGGUAUCUUUCAGUUAUGAAACGCCUGGGUGAAAAGUAACAGUUUAACAUCCCUCCUAAAUGUUAAUUAUGAAGUGGACAGAUCUCACCAGGAAGAGCAUUCCACAAGUAGGGAAUCUGAGAAGACGCAAGUGAGCACCAGCCAGGCAGUGCUUGCUCCAACAGGGCCUCCUCCACUGAUUAUAGGGCCUGAAAUAGUUAAUACUGUACUGGGGGAGAUGCUCUUAUCAGUACUUAUGUCCCAAGCUGUUUGGUACCCCCAAUGAUUUUUCCUUCUUUGUCUAGGGAGUGGGAAUAUCUCUACUUCUACUUUCGACUAAUGACAGCAAUUGAGACAAACCAACAGCAGUUCCAGUCUCAGGCAUCCACCACUGACAAGAUCUUAGACACUUUCUUUGAGGUAGGAACAGUGCUUUUUCCCCCUAGAAAAAAAGGUGCCGGUAUUCAGCAUGCAAUAGAGGGCUCUUGGGCCCUGCCAGAGUAUCGUCCCUCCCUCCCUAAGCCGGGCAGAAGCUUUCCAGGCUUCGGAAAGGAGGUGCGAGGCUCUGAUUUGAAAAAAGAAGAAGGUGACAGUACUGCGCCAGCACAAAAAGCACUGAUUAGGAGAGUCCACUGAAAUUAAUCUCUUUUUCUCAAGCUUGCCUCCAAGGAGCUCAAUGAGAUCAAGCUUAACCUCUUUGUACUCUUCAUUGUUCAGUGGGGCUGGAGAGAAUGAAAUAUAUCCAUUUCCUAAGGCAGGGAUGGGAGAUAUGUGUGGGCGCUCCAGAUGUUACUGGACUCCAGCUCCCAUCAGCCCCAGCCAGCAUGGCCAAUGAACUGGGAAUGAUGGGAGUUAGUCUAACAACAUCUGAAGGGCAACAACUUCCCACCUUUGCCCUGAGAGCAUAGACCAAAGGUUGCCAAACUUUUUUGCACCAGUGGGCACAUUAUGAAUUUUGAGCAAGUGCCUUGAGUGAGGAUUUUAAUCCUGGUUUCUCAAACCUUACUCCAACACCCUAACCAUUAUACCAUGCUGGAAUGACUGGGAUAAAGUGUAAUAAAUAAUCAUAGGAUCUGACUCCUUUUUUUUAACCUUCAUUUACAGACAGCUGAACAUGAUUACCUUUCCAAAUGAAGAUGUUUGCAUGGUGUUCCUAAACUAGACUUCACCUGCUCCUGGAGGCUUCAGUUAAAGGGUCAACAUAGCUUGACGUUUUAUUGAUUUCUCACUUGUUUUAUACAUUGUGUUAUGUUUAUUAAAUGACUUUUCAUCUCUC